CUUACAUAACGACACCAGCAAACCUCUGUGUUACAUAACGACGCUUGAGACUCAGUCGUUCUUUCUGUUAGAACAACCCCAAAUCCAACCCCCGGGGUCACAUGUGACGGAAAAUGACAAUCAGCGAGGAAAGUCAGCCGUUGAUCCUUCAGGGGAAAAACGGAUCGGGGAACAGUUACAACUCAGUGCAAGUACAAUCUAAAACAAAACUUGAAAAAUCAGUUUCGCCAACAAAACACUUUUCAGCACUUGCCAUAGAUGACCACAUCACAUACUCCUGGAAGGAACUCACAGUUAAGAACAGCAAUAGCUGUUGCCAGAAAGCUGCCAAUAAGCUGACGCAAAAGCCGAUCGUGAAAAAAGCCCUCAUCACUGACGUCUAUGGAGAGGCGAAACCUGGCGAACUCCUGGCCAUCAUGGGCUCGAGCGGAGCCGGAAAGACGACACUCCUCAACUGCCUUACAUUUCGAACCGACAGGAAUCUUGAAAUUUCUGGAUUCAGGAUGAUUAACGGGGUGCCGGUUAACAGCAGAACAAUAGCUGCAAUUUCCGGCUACGUGCAACAAGUCGACUUAUUCAUUGGCACACUCACCGUCAAAGAAAGCUUGAUCUUUCAUGCUAUGCUGCGCAUGCGGAAGGGUAUGCCUUUUGCAAAUAGGCUAGCUCGAGUUGAAGAAGUUAUGUUGGAGCUGAAUUUGAAAAAGUGUGAAAACACGAUCGUCGGAAUACCCGGAAAGAUCAAAGGCAUAUCAGGAGGAGAGAUGAAAAGGCUGUCUUUUGCCGCAGAGGUGCUCACGGAUCCUCCGAUACUCUUCUGCGACGAGCCCACCUCCGGUCUGGACUCGUUUAUGGCCCAGAACGUCGUAUCGGUGAUGAGAGAGAUGGCGAGAAAAGGCAAGACCGUCAUCAGCACCAUCCACCAGCCAUCAUCAGAAGUGUUCGCCAUGUUCGACAAAGUCGUGUUCAUGGCCGAGGGAAAAGUCGCAUUCCUCGGCAGCCAUUCUCUCGCCGGAACCUUUUUCAAAAGUUUAGGCUCAGAGUGUCCGACCAACCAUAACCCAGCGGAUUAUUACAUACACCUGCUUGCUAUCGCCCCAGGCAAGGAACGUGAAUGUAGACACACAAUAGCCAUGAUAUGUGAUGCCUUCAGUAAUAGCAAAACGGGGUUGAGAUUGAGGAGCGUAAUGGAGAGCGGUGACAAGGCAAGUGGUGUAUACACAGUCAGUUUUUCCUGAUUAACGACUCAAUGCUUACAGGAACUUAUCGAAGCAUCACAUAGGUUGAAAAAGAAGUCACAAUACAAGGCAGAUUGGUGCCAACAGUUCGUAGCAGUGUUUUGGCGUUCUUGGAUAAGCGUGCUGAAAGAUCCUUCUCUGCUAAGAGCAAAACUUAUACAAUCUAUAAUGGUAGCUUUGAUUAUUGGUCUGAUAUAUUUCCAACAGAAACUUGAUCAAGACGGUGUCAUGAACAUUAAUGGUGCUAUAUUUGUAGCUUUAGCAAAUAUGACUUUUCAGAACAUGUUUGCCGUGAUUCAUGUCUUUUGUGCCGAGCUGCCGAUUUUCAUGAGAGAGCACAGCAACGGGAUGUACAGGACGGACGUUUACUUUCUAGCAAAGACCUUCGCCGAACUGCCUUUAUUUAUAACACAGCCGACGCUUUUCACUUCUAUCGUAUACUACAUGAUCGGCAUGAACCCUGAUGUGGAAAGAUUUCUAGGUGCGACAGCCGUACUGGUACUCAUAGCAAACAUCUCUACAUCCUUCGGUUAUGUGGUAUCUUGCGCUUGUUCGAACGUUGGAAUAGCUUUGUCAUUGGCUCCUCCGAUCGUCGUACCUUUUUUGCUGUUCGGGGGUUACUUUUUGAACACGAGGUCUAUCCCGUGGUAUAUCGCUUGGUUCCAACACUUGUCCUGGUUCAAAUACGGCAACGAGGCCAUGCUUAUCAACCAGUGGAAAGGCGUGGAUAACAUCCCGUGCACCAGAAUGAACACGACUUGUCCAAAGAACGGUCUUAUCAUAUUGGAAACGCUUAAUUUUAACGAGAAGAACUUCACAUAUGAUAUGUUCAUGUUGACGGCAUUGCUGGGUCUGUUCCGUUUGCUGGCGUUCUUCGCUCUGCUAAUCAGGUCCAUUUUCAAACUUGUCGGGGAAAACGGUAAAAUCCAAAAUUGCUUGGGGGUCGGGUGCAGAUGUGAUUUUGGGUCUCGUGUCACUCCUUCGUUGGGCCUUAGGAAGCGAUUUGUGUACAUCGGAUCUGCCGCAGAUGUAUGUAUAGCGUCCUUUUCAACAGUGGCUCUGGACUUCGAAGGGGAACUUCUUGAGAAGUGCUCGCGUGAGGAUGACGGAGAAUUGAAGAAAGGCCGGACUUUCCCAAAUCACAUGUCUUCGGAAAACUUGGAGGUGAACACCUCCACCACCCAACUGGAAAAGCCUGAAAUUUCGUCUCAAAGCGAAUUUUCGGCAUUUAUGCGAGAUGGCCUCAUCAAUUACACAUGGCAAGACAUGUCCGUCACUGCAGACAUCCCUUUAAGCAAGAAAUUCAUUUCCUCACUAAGAAGAAAACCGAUUGUACAAAAAAAUCUUAUACAAAAUGUUUACGGAGAGGCGAGGCCGGGCGAGUUACUCGCCAUAAUGGGGCCGAGUGGAUCUGGAAAGACGACGCUGCUCAACUGCCUUACGUUUCGAACAGACAGACACUUGGAAGUUUCUGGAUUAAGGCUUGUAAAUGGAGUGCCGGUGUCCAGCAGAACACUGGCUGCCAUUUCCGGCUAUGUACAACAAGUCGACUUAUUCAUUGGCACACUCACCGUCAAAGAAAGCUUGAUCUUUCAUGCCAUGCUGCGGAUGCAGAAAGAUUUACCUUUGGCUCAAAGACUAGCUCGAGUUGAAGAAGUUAUGUUGGAGUUGAAUUUAAAAAAAUGUGAAAACACAAUCGUCGGCAUACCUGGUAAACUGAAAGGCGUUUCUGGAGGGGAGAUGAAGAGGCUUUCAUUCGCUACAGAAGUCCUCACUGAUCCUACGUUGCUCUUCUGUGAUGAGCCAACUUCAGGGCUUGACUCAUACAUGGCGCUGAAUGUCAUCUCUUUAAUGAGAGACAUGGCGAAAAAGGGGAAAACCAUAAUCAGCACGAUACACCAGCCGUCUUCAGGAGCAUUUGCAAUGUUCGACAAGAUUUUGUUCAUGGCCGAGGGAACCCUAGUAUUCCUCGGUACACCUAAAGAAGCCAGUAUUCUAUUUGAAAGCUUAGGCGCUAUAUGCCCGAGUACGCACAACCCGGCUGAUUUUUACAUCCACGUACUUUCUGUCGUGCCAGGCAGAGAGGAAGACUGCAGGGCGAUGAUAAUGAAAAUAUGUGAUGGUUACUGCAAAUCCGAGAGGGGGAUGAGAAUGAAAUCGUACACCACAAAUUUGACGAUGGCCCAGUCUGACUUGAUAUCUUCCAAAAUGAAAAAACAUUCCAAGUAUAAGGCGAGCUGGUUGCAACAAUUUGUUGCUGUGUUUUGGCGAUCUUGGAUCAGUGUCCUGAAAGACCCGACAGUGCUACGGGCGAAAAUGAUCCAAACAAUUCUAUUGGCCAUGCUGAUCGGGCUGGUGUACUUCCAGCAAGAACUGGAUCAAGACGGUGUCAUGAACAUCAACGGCGCUAUUUUCAUCUCUUUAGCAAAUACAACUUUCCAAAAUGUAUUCGCUGUAAUCGAUGUUUUCUGUGCCGAACUGCCUAUAUUCAUGAGGGAAUGCACUAACGGGAUGUAUAGAUCCGAUGUAUACUUCUUGUCCAAGACAUUGGCCGAAUUUCCAAUAUUUAUUGCCCUUCCUUCAUUAUUCACAACGAUCAUUUAUUACAUGAUUGGGAUGAAUCCUCCCAUUGAAAGAUUUUUAGGAGCAAUGGUCGCAAUGAUACUCGUCGGAAAUUGUUCUACAUCAUUCGGUUAUUUGAUGUCAUGUACAUGCGCCAACGUUGGCGUGGCUUUGUCUGUAGCACCACCAAUUGUGAUCCCUUUCUUGCUAUUUGGAGGGUAUUUUUUGAACACUAGGUCAAUUCCGAGUUAUUUAUCUUGGCUCCAUCACUUAUCCUGGUUUAAAUACGGGAACGAGGCGCUCCUUAUAAACCAAUGGAAAGGAGUCGAACACAUCAAAUGUACUAAAGUAAACACGACUUGUCCACAAAACGGUUUGAUUGUCCUGGAGACAGUGAAUUUCAGUGAAACAAAUUAUUACAUCGAUCUAAUUAUAUUAGUAGUUAUAGGAAUCGGAUUUAGAUUUAUUGCAUUUAUUGCACUGCUAAUUCGAGCUACAUUUAAUAUCAUGUGACUUAAAAAAUGUCAGAAAGGUAAAAAGGAA